AUGUCAAAAGAUGAAUUGCGUUUAUUGGAUUUCUGGGCAAGCCCAUUUUGUAUGAGGGUUAAAAUUGCUCUAUCUGAAAAGGGUGUAGCCUAUGAAUCUCAAGAAGAAGACUUAUUUGGUGGCAAAAGUGAUGUGCUUCUCAAAUCCAAUCCAAUUUAUGAGAAAGUUCCAGUUUUGUUAGAUAAUGGAAACCCAAUUGUAGAGUCCAAUAACAUUGUGUAUUAUAUUGAUGACAAAUAUCCUUCCCCUAAUCCUUUGUUGCCUUCUUCUGCUUAUGGACGCUCCCGUGCACGUUUCUGGGCCGAUUUCAUCGACAAAAAGAUAUUUGAAGCAGGAAUGGGCAUAUGGAAGAACAAAGGUGAAGAACUAGAAAUUGCAAAGAAGAAUUUCAUAGAAAUCUUGAAGAAGCUUGAAGGAGCCAUGGGUGACAAAGAUUACUUUGGAGGAGACAACUUUGGGUAUGUUGAUGUUAUAGCCAUUGCCAUGACAUCUUGGUUCCAUGCUUACGAGGUUUUCGGAGAUUUUAAGGUUGAACAAGAGUGUCCUAAAUUUGGCUGCUGGAUGAAGAGAUGCCUUAGGAGGGAGAGUGUUUCUAGUGUCCUUCCAGAUCCUGAAAAGAUCUAUCAGUGUGUUAUCAUGCUUAGGAAGAUGCAUGGCAUUGAAUAGGACGGGUUCUGUCGAUUCAAUUGCAGUAA